AUGAUAAUUAUAUUAUUUUUACUCACUAAUAUAUCAGAAUAAAAAAAUUAACCUUGUAACACAUUUAUAUAUAAGGAUGAGUGUGAAAAAUAGAGUAUUUGUAAAUGGGAAAAUGAAGAUUGUAAAAUAAAAUAAAUUAAUAAUAAUUAUUGUAAUUCCUAUAAUAAUCCUUUAAAAGAAGAAUUAUGCAUAUAGGAUACAUAAUGUGCUUUUUAUAAUAAUAAAUGUGAGCAUUUUUUUGGAUGUGGCGCAUAUUAGAAUUAUGGGUCAAACUGCCCAAGAAUUUCAAUUAAUUGUAUUUCAGUUACAGAUGAGAUUGUCUGCAUGUAAAAACCAUUCAAUUGCUUAUAAAUAUCUGAGAUGAAAUAUUGUGGUCAGAUGGAUCAUUAAUAAGGCAGUAAGGAAUCUUGUGAAUGGAAAGAUGAUAAAUGCCAAUUUGUAGGAUGCGAAAAGAUUAAUAACCUUGGCUAUCUCUCUCAAUCAAAAUGUUAAUCAUUUCAUUCAAUUUGUAAAUUUGAUGGAAUAGAAUGUAAAAUAAGAUUAUUAGAAUGUUCUUCGUAUUUGAAAGAUUGUAAUUAAAUAAUAGCAUAUACAGGAAAAUGUUAAUUUAAUACUACUAAUUAAUAAUGUAUGAAUGCAUCAUGUUAUAAUUAUUUUGAAGAUAGUUAUGAGAAAUGUCAAAAACAUUUUGGAUAAUUUGGAUCUUAAUGUGUUUAUAACAGGGAUAAAUUUGAAGGUUUAUGCCUUGAAAUUGAUUAUUAAACAUAAAUAGGAAAAUGUAUUAAAGAGAUGAAAAAUAAGUCUUGUGAUCAAUUUUUAAAGAUAUCUGAAUGUUUUGGCAUUAGCACAUAUAAAUAUGAUAACACAAUUAAAUUUUGUUUAGAUGAUUAUAAUUUAGAAAGAAGAGAUUGUAAGAUUAACUUAAAUUAAUACGAUUGUAAUUUAAGUGAGACAAUAGAAUUGAAAAAAUGUUAAUGGAUUUAAAAUUCUUGUUAAACAAUCAAUUCGUGUUUUGAUUAUGUGCUCAGAAUAGACUCUACAGAGGAUGCAUGUAGUAAUUUAAAUUUAAAUUGUAAAUAAAUAUCCUGUUCAAAAAAUAAACAUGGAUGUUGUGUUACGAUAUAAGGGUGCUCAGGUUAUUUUUUAUAAGAAGAAUGUACAAAUAAUUCAAAUAUUGUUUUGAAUUUAUUAGACGCAUGUAUUUGGGAGAAUAAUAGUUGUAGAUACAAAAAAUGCGAAGAUUAUUCUAAUGAUGAUUAUUAAUGUAACAAUUUAGCUGAAUGUAUUUUUAUUGGUAAUAAAUGCUAAACCAGAAAUAAGUUAAUUUGUGAAGAUUUAAAAAAUGAAGAUGAUUGCAGAUUUAAAAAUUGCUUUUGGUUAUCAUCAAAUUGCUAUGAUGUAAGAAAUCUAACAACUUAUCUUCCUAACUUAGCAAAAAUACUAGGUGAUGAAGAUACAGUAUGUCAAAUAUUCUCUGAUAAAUUAAUGUAUAGUUCUUUGACUAAAACUUGUCGUUUAAAAACUGCUUGUAAGAAUUAUAGUAGUUUUUGUUAAGAAAUGAGAUAAUAUGAUGAUACUCAAUGUGUAAAUGUAAAUUCAUAAUGUAUACCAAUGACAUUUUGUUCUUAACUUCAAUCUUCUGAUUAUAAAAUUUGUUAUAAGGCUUUAAAUUUUUGUAAUUCAAAUGGUUAAGUGUGUGAAACUGCUGAAUAAUAAUGUUCUGCUUAUAAUGAAGAGAAAAAAUGUAAUUUUUAAUUAGAUGGAAGUCUUUGCAGUUGGAUUUCAGUUAAAUAAAAAAAAUAUUGUAUUGUAAAAUAAUGCGAAAAUUUAGAUUUGUAAAAAUAAGAAUGUGAUUCUAAAAGAUUAUGUGUGGAUCCUAAAUUGUGCAGAUAAAACAUGUGUUUUGAAUACAACAAUUAAUGCUUUACAAAAAAAUCAAGAUGUAGUGAUUACAGAGACUUUUAAUGUUAUAAAUCAAUUUCAAAUUUAUGUUUUUGGAAUGGAGUAUCAUGUAUGGAUUUAAUGACUUGCAAAAUACUUACAUAGAAGUAAUGUGAAGAUUAAAAAUACAUUAAUACUUGCAAGUUCAAUGAAUUUUCAAUGUAAUGCGAGGAACUUGAUUGUCCAAAUUCAUAAACUUACUACAUAUCACUUGAUUUAAGAAGUGUAACAUGUUAAAACUGUAUAAAAACAGAGACUAAUUCAUGUUAACAAAAUAAUAAUUAAGAUGGAUAUUCGAAUUUCUGUUCAUCGAAAGAAGUUUGA